UAAAAUUUUAUUUUUUUAUUUUUUUACUUUUUAUUAAUUACAUUUUAUUUUAAUAUUUUUUAAUUUUACUAUUUACAUUUUAUUUUUGAACCAUAUAAAUGUGUCAAUGUGAAUGCUAAAAUCUUGUGUUCUUAUUACCACUCCAAGGGCCAGGAAGUUCACUGUAUUAGUUCUUUUGGUGUUUAUUUUGUAUUGUCAAGUUUUAUGGAGAUGUUAUGAAUAAUGCAUUUUGGCAAUGACCUUAUUAUUGCUGUUGCACCUAUUCUCCAUAAAAUCUGUUUGGAUUCAAAUCCAGUAGAAAUGAUAAUAGAAAUUAAAAAGAAAAAAAAGAAAAGGAAGAAUGGAAAUAACUAUGUUCUUUUAUAUUUUGUUUGGUUUAGUGUGAUUCAAGGUUGGCAAUAGAUAAAAAUGAAAAAAAGAAUGAGAAUCAAAAUGAUUAUUUCUUUUUUAUAUAUUCUUUUAUUUAAUGUGAAUUGAGAAUUGAAUUUUUUUAUGGUUUAUGAAUAAUAAUGUCCUAAUUUUUGUAGAAAAAAAUAAUAUUUAAUUUAUUAUAAUUGUAUCCAAUAAAUAGAUAAUAUAAUAUAUUAAAUAAUAAUAUUAAGAGAUCCUCUAUUUUCCUUAAUUAUUGUUGGGUCUUGUUUGGUCCAGCUAAGAGACAGCAUCCCUACUGCAUGACCUGACAUUGAAUGGUUUGUCAUGGACUAAUUUGGUGAACUUCUAAGGAGAAGAUGUAAUCCUAUUUCAAAUUUGACAAGAGAAACUCAGCAUCAAAAAUUAUAGAACCUAUAGCAAAGGAAGACAUGAAGUUGGGUUUUCCAUUAUUAAGGUGGGUGGACAUAUUUAUGGGCCUUGUUGCCUAAAGUUCCAACAAUUUGAUGAAGGGAGUGGGAAUGAGCUAUAAAUUAUACUAUCUUAAUAAACAAUUACAACUCUAACCAUUCCCUUCAUUCUCAAUUUGGCUAAGACAUUCCAUCUUAAUAUAUUUUGGCAAAUAAGUACCACCAAGUAAUAACAUAAAUUUUAAAAAGAAAAAAAAGAAGAAGAAAGAAAGUAUUUGAUUGAUCAAAUAUUUGAUUGCACCAAUUGGGUGCAAUUAAUUAGUAUAAGAUUCGCUUUUGUGAAGUUUUGAGUGCGAAAAAGACUGUGAAGUCUGGAGUUCAAAUUUACAAAAUGAUUGAGAUGGUGAAUAUUGCUAUGAAAGUUUCAGGUUGACUAUAUGUAUAUAUAUAGAUAUAUAAAAUUUAUCCAACGAUGUCAAAUAACAUGCAUAGGAUUCAUAGCACAAGGAACCAUCAGAGAAAGUUAACAACUUCCUUGUUUUUGUCUACCACAAAGAACAUUAGCUGUAAUAGGCAUUUUUUGUUAUUUUUUUUUUUGUCAAAAGCAUUUUUUGUUAGAAUAUCUGUCGAUUCCACCAAGUUUUCAAAACCCAUUAUUACUUGUUGAAAAUUCUUGGCAAACAAAUCAACAGAUGAAAUUUUCACUUCAAUUUACAAAAUGGGUUUUCUUUCAAUUCUCAGAUAUUUCUUUUUUCUGAUGAUACUACUUUGUUCAUUUCGCUGCAGUCCUAUUAAAGCUCAACUUCAAUUAGAAAGAGAUGCCCUUUAUGCUCUUAAGGCUAAUUUCAAUGACCCUUUUCUGAAUGUUAAUUGGAGUGGCUCUCAGUGCCCUCGUCGGUAUCCUACUCAGUGGUAUGGAAUUAUAUGUGCCAACGGUAAAGUUAGUGGAAUUUUUUUGGAAGAUAUGGGCUUAACAGGUACAGUCCGUUCUGAUGCAUUUUCUGUCUUCACUGAACUGACUAUCCUGAGCUUCAAGAACAAUUCAAUCUCAGGAGAAGUAAUGAAUUUCUCUUCGAAUGCAAAAAUGAGAGAAAUCAAUUUGUCAGGCAACAAGUUUCAGGGUCCAAUUUCGCGUUCGCUGCUUAGUCUUGUUUCCUUGGAGUCAUUGCAGCUUCAAGAUAAUAACCUGACAGGUUCUAUCCCAGAAUUUAACCAGUCUAGCUUGAGAGUUUUUGAUGUUUCUAACAACAAUCUUCAGGGUGAGAUCCCAAAAACUCCAAUUUUGCAAUCAUUUAGCUUUGGUUUUUAUUCUAGUAAUUCUGAGUUGUGCGGUCCACCCACAAACACUGCCUGCAAUAAUCUAAAUGACACAGCUGAUAGUAACACUACAGCUCCUUCUGAACCUGAAAAAGAUAGUUCUUCCAAGCCUAAUAAACUGGGAACUGUGUUCUUACUUUUUGAUGUUGCUGGUCUACUCGCCGUGAUUUUGCUCUUCAUUCUUUACUUCAGAAAGGCUAGAAAGCUUAAGAAAAUAUUGAAGAAACAUGGCACAGAAGAAAGAGAGCAGAAGCAGUCGGCAGAUGAAGAUUACGAUGAUUUCGAGACUGAGCAAAAUAGAAGUAUGAAUGUGGCGGCCAUAUAUGCACAUGGAAAGGAAGCUGUUGUAGAAGGAGAAGAGAAAGGAAACCUGAUAUUCUUGCAGGAGAAUGUAAAAUUCAAACUGAAUGAUCUUCUAAAAGCUUCUGCUGAAGGAUUAGGCAAAGGGGUUUUUGGAAAUACUUAUAAGGCAAUGAUGGAAGGGAUGCCAGCAGUUGUUGUCAAGCGUUUAAGGGAUUUGAAACCAUUAACUAGUGAGGAAUUCAGGAAGCAUUCGAAUAUAAUUGCGGAUCAGAAGCACCCGAAUCUGCUUCCCCUUCUUGCCUAUUACUAUUCCAAGGAGGAGAAGUUGAUGGUCUACAGAUUUGCAGAGAAAGGAAACGUCUUUAACCGCAUUCAUGGUGGAAGAGGCAACAAUGACAGGAUCCCAUUUAGAUGGAAUGCAAGGUUAUCAGUUGCUCGAGGAGUAGCAAGAGCACUGGAAUACCUUCACCUCAACAAGUCACAAAGCAUCGUCCCACAUGGGAACCUGAAAUCAUCAAAUGUUCUUCUGGAUGAAAACGAAAUGGUUCUUGUUUCAGACCAUGGUCUGACUUCACUGAUAGCACUUACUAUUGCUUCCAACCGUAUGGCUUCCUAUAAAUCGCCUGAAUAUCAUACUUCCAAGAAGGUUACUAGAAAAUCUGAUGUUUGGAGUUAUGGCUGCCUUCUUUUAGAACUCCUGACAGGAAGAGUAUCAGCUCACUCAGCUCCACCUGGAACUACUGGAGUGGAUAUCUGCAGUUGGGUUCACAGAGCAGUCAGGGAAGAAUGGACAGCUGAGAUAUUCGACAUUGAGAUAUCAGUGCAAAGAAAUUCAGCUCCUGGAAUGCUAAAACUACUGCAAGUUGCAAUCCGCUGCUGCGAAAAGUCCCCUGAAAAACGUCCUGAAAUGACACAAGUAGUGAAAGAGUUGAAUAAUAUCAGGGAUGCUGAUUCCGAGGAAGAAGACCUGUCAUCUUUCGAUCAAUCGUUGACUGAUGAAUCUUUGUCAACAAGUGCAUCAGGUAUAAUUGGUAAUGAAAGAUGAGAAAAUUCCUCACCGUUGCACCACGGAAAUCGUAAUAAUAAGACAUCAAAUAUAGAUGAAUUUGGAUCAAUUUAUGACAUCUUUAGAUGAUAAACAAAUGCUAUUCAUUUCAUUUGUAGCAAUUUAUUUUUCUAUUUAAGGUAGCAUUAUUUCGUAUAGUCGUAGCUAUUUCUAGAAAUAUGUUGUCUUUUUUUAUUAUGAUUUUUUUUAAUUUAAAUAAUUAAUAAAACUAGUCUGUUCA